AUUGCCGGGCUUGUUUGUCAUUGUACGAGGGUUUCUUUUGGUAAUAGUUCUAUACGUUCCGCUCCUUCGCUUGGUGAGAAGCUGGCAGCGGGUAAUGAGCAACAACUUCCCCAGCAGCCACGUCCAACUCCUGCCCGUUCUGUUGCUAUUGGAAUAAAACGCGCCUGUAGUGCGGGUUUAUAUGUAGCUGUAACUCGGUUAAGGGGCAACUUCGUGUGGUAAUUAAUGUAUUUAGAAUAUACAAGCCAUGGAUAUUCGGCCAAAUCACACUGUCUACAUCAACAACCUCUGUGAUAAAGUAAAAAAACCGGAACUAAAGCGAUCAUUGUAUGCGCUAUUCUCCCAGUUUGGCCAUGUUGUAGACAUUGUGGCAUUAAAGACCAUGAAAAUGAGAGGACAAGCGUUUGUAAUCUUCAAAGAGCUGAGUUCUGCUACAAAUGCUCUGCGGCAGUUGCAGGGUUUCCCUUUUUAUAAUAAACCAAUGCGCAUCCAGUAUGCAAAGAGCGACUCUGAUGUGAUACUAAAGAUGAAAGGUACAUUUGCUGAUAAAGAGAAGAAAAAAGAGAAGAAGAAAGCCAAAGCACAAGAACAGGCAGCUAAUGCUGCAAAUAAAAAGCCUGCUCUGGCAUCAAAUGCAAAUAAUGCACCAGGAGCAUCACAGAAUCAGCAGGUGCCGGACAACCCGCCAAAUUACAUCCUCUUUCUUAAUAAUUUGCCUGAGGAGACCAAUGAGAUGAUGCUUUCUAUGUUAUUUAACCAAUUCCCUGGCUUCAAAGAAGUGCGUUUGGUCCCCGGGAGGCACGAUAUUGCGUUUGUGGAGUUUGAGAAUGAAACGGAGGCAGGAGCUGCUCGAGAUGCACUUCAGGGAUUUAAGAUCACACCAUCUCAUGCUAUGAAAAUUACCUACGCUAAUAAAUAGAGCAGAAGCGCGACACUGAUGGACUUAUAUGUUUUUGUUCUGCCCCACUGCCCCCUAUGAACUACUUUAAGAAGUCCUUUUUAUUGGUGAAGAAGAAAAGGCUGUUUUAUUCCUGAACACCCUAUUUUGUAUGAAUAAAUGUUAUUUUUUUGUCUACUAAGCAAAUUUUGCAUUGCAUUUCAGCCCUAAAAAAGCAAAGGGUUUUGGGUAAUACAGAGAUACAGAGUUGGUUCUGUUGUAUUAUAAUCUGUUAAGUACUGUACACUGAAUUAGCAGUGCAUUUAAUUCUUCCCUCGCAAUAAAAGCAAAGUUGCAUUUUUUUUUAUA